GUGUGGCCACUUAAAGAGGUGCGCCGAUCGGACGGCACUAACUUUCUCCGUGCAGAAUCAGCGAGAUGAAGAGCAGCACCAUUCCGACAUCAUGUGCUCGAGGCUCCCCAGGACCGCCUGCAUCUUACGCCUUAUUGCGCUCUGCAUCAUAUUCUCGCACACCGCAGCUUAUUUCGGCCUGACAGGUCGAGAACCUUUGGUCUUUUUACCUGGCCCGUUCUCCAACGAGCCUUCCGGUUCGGGUAAAGCGCACCUGAAGCAAUGCGAGCAGAUGACGCUGACCCGGCGGCAGAAGAGACUGUGCAGAAGAGAGCCGGGCUUGGCGGAGACCCUGCGGGAGUCGGUGCGCCUAAGCCUCAUGGAGUGUCGCUACCAGUUCCGGAACGAGCGCUGGAACUGCAGUAUGGACGGGCGGGGAAGUCUUCUGAAAAGAGGUUUUAAGGAGACCGCGUUUCUGCUGGCCGUUUCCUCGGCUGCGUUGUCGCACGCGCUGGCCAAAGCCUGCAGCUCGGGCCGGAUGGAGCGGUGCACGUGCGACGACUCCCCCGGUCUGCAGCACCGGGAAGCAUGGCAGUGGGGGGUCUGCGGGGACAACCUGAAAUACAGCACCAAGUUCCUCAAGAAGUUCCUGGGGCAGAAGAGGGUCAGCAAGGACCUCAGGGCACAGAUUGACGCCCACAACAUCAACAUCGGAAUCCGGGCGGUGAAGAGCGGCCUGAAGACCACCUGCAAGUGCCACGGCGUGUCGGGGUCCUGUGCCGUGCGCACCUGCUGGAAGCAGCUGUCGCCCUUCCACGACACCGGCCGCCUGCUCAAGUUCCGCUACGACACCGCCGUGCGCGUGCUCAGCGUCACCAACGCCGCCACCGGCGAGAGCGAGCUGGCCGGGUCACGGCGGGGCAGCGGAAGUAGCGGCGGCGGUGGUAGUAGCGGAGGAGCUGGUGUUAGCGGCGUUAGCGGCGGCGGCGGCGGCGGCUGGCGGGAACAGCGGCAACGGCGGUGGCGGCCCAAGCAACCCCCGGCCCACGGAUCUGGUGUUCCUGGAGGAAUCGCCCAGCUUCUGCAGGGCGUCGCGCUACUCUCCGGGCACGGGGGGCCGCGGCUGCGCGAAGGACACCAGCUGCCACAACCUGUGCUGCGGCCGGGGGUACAACACGGCCAUGCGGCUCACCUCGCUGUCCUGCAACUGCCAGGUGCGCUGGUGCUGCCACGUGGAGUGCCAGACGUGCGUGCGGGAGGAGGAGGUGUACACCUGCAGGAAGGCCUGAGAAACAAACAGCAGAGCAUGGGAGAGUUAUCGGCUGAUAGGAUGCCCCACACAUGGGGAGUGAUAUUAUGACUUGCAGAGCCCAGCGGAUGCGUGAGAGUUUUCUGCCUUGGCCGUAUCGCGGAAAACAAACUGAAUCACAACCAACCCGAAACAAAACACAACACAACAUUUCAGGGGGGACAUUUUUAUGUGAUUUCUCCAAUCAUCGUUUCAAAUUAUUGUCCACCUUGUUUCCACCUGAUCUUGCCGACAUGCCUGAACACAUUUGAUGUAACAUAGAGGGGAUUUCCAUUAUGAGCGUUAUAGGUAAGGCUAUCGUAUUUGCAGCGCUGACACGUAGAAUCGCAGUGAUGUAGUAUUACUUGGCUGCCGUUUGAUAUUCCUCGUUCUAAUGUCGUAGUUUCGGCGGUUUGGAUGGUUUGGAUGGCAAACCUCUUUUGCUCUUUUGAAUCUCGCUGGAUGCACUGAAAAAGUCACACUUAUGGGAUGGAGGGGGAGGUAGACUGCCCUCUGGGUGGAGCUCGUAAACAUCACUGGUACUGGACUUGACUGGAUUGGUAACCUUCUAGGACGACCUGAAAGGGAUUUUGUAAUGGCGUGGUUCUGUCCAUUUGACUAUUUAUUAUGCCACUCUGUCUAUGUCUGUCUAUCUGCUGCUUUGUAUUUUUUCAAGUCUUUUUUUUUAUAUUCAAGAAUGUUGCCAGGUAGAAAAGAAACAAGGUCCUUAUUAAGGUAUCUGGCACCUGUCCGCUGUCUGUGGUUUCAACCUUGGAACAGUUUUUAUGAGGGCUCGUUUAUUAGAGGUGAAAAGAAAAAAUAAAGCACUUAUCAUGGUAUGCAUCAUUCGGAUGCCCUGCAAGGUUAAAUGUAUAUAAUUAAAUUCCAGAAUUUAGAAACAAAGUGCUUCACGUCUUAAGGGAAUCACUGGGAAACGGUGAGAAGGAGCGUGCCCCCCCCCCCCCCCCCCCCCCGUGUGACAAACAUGGAUCUCCAUGGUUGCAUUAGCAAGGUUAUUGUGUACUGAAACAAGCAGUUGCUCUUAUGGAAAUGUGUAUGGAAAUCCCUCCAUGUAGCUCCUCUAAAAUAACAAAGGUGGGGGGGGGUGUAUAAAUAGUGAAGGGACGAGCAAAAGCGGCAAGGACAAAAAGAAAAGGGGGGAGAAGAAAAGGUUGUUGUACAUGUGGUAACCAUGCACUAUCCUAAGCUUUGAUGUUUAUAACGUGCACCUGACUAAUGCUUUUUUAAUCGUCCUAUUGUGGGGGGGGGGUGCUCCUUUGACCUAAAAAUGGUCCAAUCAUGCCCCUCAUUUUCUUUCAUAUUAUGAACCAAUCAGAGAAAAUAGCAGUGUUUACUUCCUACUCCAACUCCCAAGUUCAAGCCAGAAUGUACGAUGGCUCCAUGGGAGCAGGUCCAGGGUGCGUUUGGGCCCCGAGGGCUUUGAUUAUGGGCCAGUGGAUGUUUUUUCUUGAAUGAUCUUGGGCUUUAUAUAUGAUAUGAAUAUAACUCAUGCCAGUGCUCCAGGCGUAUGACAAUGUGGAAUUGUAAUGUUCUACCUCACAUGGUCUAUAGGCAAUUACCAUUAAGAUUUACUAUCUUUGCCGAGAUAUUUUCUUUGCAAAUACCUGUACUCUUCUUUAGCAUCUCUCGUAAAAAGCUCAAGUUGAUAUUUGAGACUCUGUACAAAUUUUGAACCCUGUGUUAUAUAAAUAGUAAAUGCUUAUUAUAUUUUCUCGUUUUAAAUCAUGUAACAAUAUAUUCUUAUUUAAAACAAACUAAUGAGAC